AGACAAAUAACCAAAAGCCAUUUCAUCAGCAAACUUGUACACACUCAAUUGAAUUCAUUUUACACUUAUUUGGUCCCACACUCAACUCAAGCAACUUCUUCCGGACCUCAGAUUUUAAUCUCCCCCUUCAAAGCACCGUUCUCUCUCUCUAGUUUCUUCUUCAAUCGCGUAGAAUUUCAAUUCGCCCCACUUGCGCGUUAGCCGUGGUCUAUGCGUUGUCACUAUCUUACGCCUCACAUUUUUAUCCUGCACAUCCUCUCCUCUACUUCUUCUUCCCUGUCCUUGUCUUCUCUGUUUUGUUGCAGAACUCUCUUUUUUCUUUCUCUUAAGUAUCUUUUUACAUUUGCAGCUACUUCACAACUGGUUAUUAUUCUGCACUUUCUCUCUCCUCCUUUUUUUUAAUUUUUAGUUUUAUAAUAUUACUUCAAAACAAAAUUAGAAAAAUAGUUUCUGGGUUUUGCUGCAUCUUUAAAUUUCUGUCCUUUUCACGCGUUUUUUUUUGGGGGGUUAGAUUUAUUUAUGAUUGUUUUUCUGAUGUUAUCUGAGUUGGGUUUUUGGAGAUUUUAGCUGUUUUUUAUUUGAGCUCUCCACUCAAGAUUCUUCCUAAUCUAUGGCUGGAAAUAAUGAAGUUAAUGUUAACGAGUCAAAGAGGGUUGUACCACUGAAUACAUGGAUCCUGAUCUCGAAUUUCAAGUUGGCUUACAAUCUGCUUCGACGUCCUGAUGGUACUUUUAACCGUCACCUGGCUGAAUUCCUUGAUCGUAAAGUUCCUGCUAAUGCAAACCCAGUUAAUGGUGUUCUUUCAUUCGAUGUUAUUGUUGAUCGUCGUACUAGCCUCCUUUGUAGGAUAUAUCGGCCAGCCAUAGCUGAAGAAGAUGAAGAAGAAGAGCUAGAAGAAGCUGGGGAAUCCAGGACGAUCAUGGACCUUGAGAAGCCUGUUGAGUCUGAUGUUGUUGUUCCUGUGAUAAUUUUUUUUCAUGGGGGAAGCUUUGCUCAUUCUUCUGCCAAUAGUGCUAUCUAUGACACACUUUGUCGUCGUUUAGUUCAGGUUUGUAAGGCUGUGGUGGUUUCUGUAAACUAUCGACGUGCUCCUGAAAACCGUUACCCCUGUGCCUAUGAUGACGGAUGGACAGUUCUUGAGUGGGUAAAUUCAAGGAAUUGGCUCCAAAGUAAGGAUGCAAAAGUACAUAUAUACUUAUCCGGAGAUAGCUCAGGUGGUAAUAUAGCUUACCAUGUUGCUUUACGAGCAGUCGAUUCUGAUAUUGAAGUUUUGGGAAAUAUUCUUCUCAAUCCUAUGUUUGGUGGGGAAGAGAGGACUAAAUCAGAAAAGAAUUUAGAUGGGAAAUAUUUUGUGACUUUGCAGGACCGUGAUUGGUAUUGGAGAGCAUUUCUUCCUCAAGGAGAAAAUCGGGACCAUCCAGCAUGUAAUCCAUUUGGUCCCCGUGGUCAGAGCCUUGAAGGAUUGAAGUUUCCUAAAUCUCUUGUUGUGGUAGCGGGUUUGGAUCUUAUUCAAGAUUGGCAAUUAGCAUAUGUAGAAGGGCUGAAGAAAGCAGGUCACAAUGUGAAGCUUCUAUAUUUGGAGGAGGCAACAAUUGGAUUCUACUUGCUACCAAAUAACAGUCACUUCUACACUGUCAUGGAUGAAAUCCGAAACUUUAUGGGUCUGAUUGCAUAGCUAAUUCGAUCAGGAAAAGAAAGGUUGAUAAUAUGUCACUUUGGGGUAACUCGCUCACCACUGUGUGCAACCUAUCAUAUGACUUGUGAGUAGUGCUAAUUAUUCUCUUUGAUGUCUGUUUAAUAUGUAUGGUUAGCUGACCUUUCGUCCGGUUGCAAAUCAGGUUAAACUUAGUUUUAAAGUAGUGUUUGAUAGUCACAGAAUUACCUAAACUGGGUAGUUUCUAUUAUGUAUGAAGUUGUCAGUAGUUAUAGUAGUAGGGUCUUAGAGAGUUCCGGGCAAUUCGGAGCAAUUGCUGCUGGUUGUUUCUUUUGCUUGUGGCCGAAAUGGAAGAUAAGUACACCAUUAGGCAGGCUAUGAUGCGAUGCUCUACUGAUUGGAGUGUGCGACUAUCGCUAAUAUUAGUAUAGCACUAAUUAGAGGACAUGGGCAACAUGUUUCUCCAUAGAUACUGUAAAACCUGUAUGUGUAUACAUAUAGUUCUCUCUUCAAUAUAUUGAGUGUAAAAGUGUGCUAAUAUUAUCCUUUUUUCACUAUCUAA